AUGCUGAUUCUUUUCCUACUCCAAUGUUUGUUAUUCUGUUCUCAAACUGGGUAUGCCCAGAGCAAACUCGAACCACGCAAAUUUGGGAACUUUAAAGGAUGUAGCGAAAGAGAGGUCGCUAUUCUUCGUGAAGAGAUGGCCCUCGCCAAGCAAGCAGCUACGUUUGCAGCGCGUUACCUCACCGCAUACCCCUAUUUCUGGGCGUUCCAAACCCCAGAGCACCCUUUUUUUCAGGGAAAAAACUUCGAACAAGCUGCUAGCGAGCUCUUUGCUCGCAUGGCUCAGUCCCUUGAGGCUGGCAACUUCAACAUCGAAUGCCACAGCGAUCUUUGCGAAAGUUUUGAUGACGACGACCAGCCCUUAGCAUCAACAGAUCAGCCGGCUCCAUCGCAAGAGAACAGGAACCCUAAAGCUGUUAUGGCCUUCUGCGAGCCCUUUUUCGAUAAUGAUUCGCAGAAAGAGUCAUAUGAGGCACCAACCAGACGACGACUAGAGCAGUUUAGGGGGAACCCUGAGGACAAUAACGUUGUCAAUCUAGCCUCCCUUAAAUCGACAAAAAGCCAAACGAUCCUGCACGAACUUUCGCAUACUACCUUUGUAGGCUGGCCAGUUUUAAAGAUCCUUAGUCAAGCAGGCAGAACUGAUGAGUGGUGGAUGAUGAGUGACUGGGCCUACGGCCCAGUAGAUUGUUAUAAACUUGCUCGAGGUGUUUUCAACCACAACCAGGGAACAACACCAAGCGAAGAAGACUUAUUUAGAGGGGCAUUUAGGGCGGCUGACAACGCAGAAAGCUGGGGCCUUAUUGCUAUAGCUAUGUUAUUUUCAAACCAGUUAGGGAAUAGGCAAAUCCCUAUCCCAGGCAUCCCAAACCGUGCGUGGGGAGGUAAUUAG